CUCACACCGCAACCAUCACCCCAUAUUUUCGUCUUCUGCCUUUGCGCUGUUUAGAGACGAAGCUCAACUUCCAGACAGACAUUUAAAUCGAGGUAUUCUCAUGUCCUAUGUCUCGUGGAUAUGACUCCAUCCUCCGUAUGAUCUUCGCAUUCUCACGAAGUACAUGGUGAAUGAAGCCAUGGUCAAUGAACACUUACUCGAUACUAUGCGGCCCUCAUCUAACCAGGGUUCCCAGCUUCAGAAUAAUGGAACUGUGAAAGAGACACAAGAUGGCACAGAUAUCCGCUACACCGUUGCUGAUAGCGAUCCUGGACAAUCGCACGCCGCACGUCCCGAGCUCAACAUGAAGAAGCGCGAGGCGCAAACCCUCCAUCCUGUCCCGAGAGCCUGCAGUUCCUGCCGAGAGCGGAAGAUUAAAUGUGACAGAAAGAGUCCAUGCAAGCACUGUGCGAUAUCCUUUCAAGACUGUAUCUAUCCAGAACCGCGUCGCAGGAAGAGAAAAUGCCUUCGUACUGCUGAGCACGUGGAGUCUCUCAAGACCAGGAUUGAAGCUUUGGAGUCAUGCAUCAAAAACUUGGUUCGGCCAGCAGACCCGACCCGCACGUCGCCCGCGUCAGAGGGUCAAUUGGCCGGACAUUCUAGCCCACAUCACCCCUCUGAACAUUCUCCAGAGUACUCGGACGAAGAUAUCUCCUGGGCGGCGCCCAAAUUCAUCCUCACGCGACACGCAACUGAGGAAGCCGAGGAUGGAUUUCAGGGAUACUCUGGAGACCGAGCAUUCAUCCAACGGAUGCGAGAAAAGAUCAAAAACUGGCCGGGCGACAAUGUUCGUUCACGAAUACGCCCCCCAAUGAGGCCAGUUGCAAAACUAUUUGAUUGUGAUUACUCUCUUGCGGCCUCCGCCUGCCUCCCCUCCAAAGAGAGGGCUCGUGCCUUGGUGGACGCUGCGGUGGAAUCAUAUUCUCUUUUCCCCAUCCUACAUCGACCGACCUUCGACCGCUCCUUUGAGAACAUGUACGCAAUACCACCCAGUGACUAUACGGCCGAACAGCUGCGCUUCCUGCCUCUUCUCUAUGCACUUCUUGCUCUGGGGUGUAUGUUCAUUCAGUUAGACUCCAUGGAGUCCUCUCGUGAGCAAGAGAUCACCGAAGGGCUGCAUUACUUUGCUGCCAGCCGUGCCUUUAUCGACAUUAGCGACUGUACAGAUGAAAGAUCCCUCCAAACAAUGAUUUUCCUCAUCCUUUUCACUGUAGGCACCGCUCGUGCAGGAACCUGUUACUCAUACGUGACUCAUGCACUGACGCUUGCCCUCCGAAUGGGUCUACAUCGCUCCAAAUCUAAAUAUGACGAUCUAAUCGGCCGGGAAGUUGGAAAGCGGAUUUUCUGGGUGUUGAGACUUCUGAGCAACUACUUCGCAACCGCGUGCGGCAUGCCCAGGCUCUUGAGCGACGAGAAUGUCGACCAAGAUUUGCCGGUGGAAGUUAAUGAUGCCUACAUCACGAAAACGGUCAUUUCACCUCAACCUCCGGAUGAAGUCUGUACAAUAGCGGGUCUGAAUGCCAUCAUCGCCCUUCACAAGAUCUUGGAACAGGUUGUAAGGGAGAUAUAUCCGCCCAGAGGGAUCAGCAAAACGCACGGAACACAGGCCGCAACAUAUCUGGUCAGCAUUGAGAAAGUUAGAGAUAUUGAGAGAGCUCUCAAAAGGUGGAUGGAGAGUCUGCCGUUUGGGUUCCGUCUGAAUUCCCACUCGGCACCCAGAUCCUUGCUGCGGACGCAAUAUCUACUUCGCAUGUCGCAUGCUCACGUUCAGCUCUACCUCUACAGACCUUUCCUGCAUUACCUCUCCAAAGCCUCGACUCAAACCAUAUCUUCGUCCAACAUCGCUUUUUCUCCGUAUGCAGUGGCCUGCGUUCAAGCGUGUCACACUAUAUUGAGUUUUUGCGGAGAAAUGUACAGAAGGGACCUUCUCCAAGGUGGAGGCUUUCCUAUCUUGCACAUGGUCUUCGGAUCUGUCGUGACACUCAUUUUCAUCAUUAUCGAUUCUGCCGACUGGGAAGGAAAGGAAUCCGCUUUCAAGGAUAUAUCAAUCGGCCGAAAGGCGAUCGCCUUCCUUGCGAAAUGCAACAACGCUGCCGAUAGAGCCCAUACCAUCCUAGAGGUCAGUGUGGAUUCCUUUGUCAUUUUCCAUUCGUGGGCUGAUAUCUCGGAAGACUAUGAUUUCUCUGCUCCCUGCAGAAUUUGCAGAGACUCGAGAGCGCCUGCAGCGGCAAGGGCCGACAGUCAAUGAUUUGGCCGUCGGAGAUUAUGAUGGAGCCAAUGUGUCUCUUAGGGGCUUCAGUACGAAUAGUCGAGGCUUAGCAGGGGUGCCCAUCGAUGAGAUGGGUGCCAACUUUCCCAUUCCAACACAGUUUGGUCGUCCAAUGGCGUCAACCGGGCAUUCGCUCGCAUCCGACGAACAGAUGAAAGGCAACACACCAGAACGUCAACCAUUUACGAUAUCACCGCCAGGUGCCCCAUAUACACCCAUGUCAAGCGGGAGGGCUGAAGAUGGGACAUUUUCAACAUCGUUCCAUCCGGAGGCCAUGCAGGAAAACUUGCAGAGUCACUUGCCCCCACAACCCACCAUGCCGUUUACUUUGCAAAGCGGGAGCGUUGAUACGAGGAUCAAUCCCCCUCUUUAUGGAGACCCCACCACUGAAUUCCUUGAAGCACAGCAUUUUAACUUCUCUACCAAUUAUCUUGGAGACGUGUGGAGCAGUAUGAAUCAGUUUCCGGAACCUAUUGCUUCGGAUCAGGAUGUCAAUGGACUUCAGAUGAUGGAUGUGCCCAACUUAAUGAACUUCCAGCAGGGUGGGGAUUUAUUCAACUUCGACUAUCUACCUUGAUGAUUGAGAUGAUUUGGAGCCUCCCAAAGCUAGGUUUUUGCGCUCCAAUUCAGCCGCUGUUAUGGAUAAAUACCGCAUAAUGUGAAUGUCUGAAUCUUGGGUCACAAUUCGCCUACACCGUUAACCCCAAUUAUCGAUAUCAGCAAGAUGUUGCCAUGUAUUCGGUAGAGGAUAAGCGAUUGCGACUUCGGCUCACGUUCCGGCACUGGCUUCUAUAAUACUAUUUCCUCCUUCUACCUAUACUGGUAUUUCUUGCCUUUGUUUUUGCUCAAAUCGUCCAAACGCGAGACUGUGGAGGUGUCGCUUUCCCCUUAUCGACUUAUCAGACGACGGGACCAGCGUUCAGGGUCGGUCAAAGACAUCGCUGGACAGACAAUGUAGGGAGAUCCUUCCGGAUUUAUGGCUCUCUGAUUCGUCG